AUGCGCUAUUCUGUUUUGGUCCCACAGCUACUCUUUAUAUCUAAUGUUUUCAGUUUGAGCUCCAACUCAAAAUCACAUUUGCCCAUCACAGCCAAUUUCUUCCUUCCCAACCCAACCUUGUUUUUCUUCAAAAUAAUGACUCUCGAAACAAGCAAGCCUGACCAGUCCACUAAUGAAGGUGAUAAACAUAGACAACUUGACAAAGAUAUCAAAGACUUGGUCUCUGCCAUAACUCGCCGCAUACCUGGCAUUCAUAAACCGGGAUCAAGCCACCAUGAAGAUGAUGAUGAUGAGCAUGGUGUGAGAAUUAUCACACUAGCUGGAAACAAUGCUGGAGCCACAAUGCGAAGUGAGUUGGAUGAGAAAUCCAGUCCCCAUGGAAUUUCACUUGGCGAGCCUGAUGCAGUGAGUACCUACGUGAACAGCAAUUUCCAAUCUGUGAACAAUUCAAUCAUGCUCAACAGCAGCUACAACACCAAUGAUCCAGGUGUCCAUUUGGACGUCUCGGAUGCUUUUGAUCAAGAGGGCCAGAUGCCAGCAGAUAAGCCCAGAAGGAGAGGGAAGAAAAGAGAGAAGGAUUCAUCCGAAAGCGAACAUUCCGAUUAA